UUUUUUUCCCCCUUUUCCCUCGGUUAGUCAAAAAAAUGUCAUCAAACAACCAAGUAAUAUCAGCAUUAGCUACAGAUGGAGCUAUAGUUGGUGUUGCAUUAGCUUAUGUUGCUUUUAAAACAUGGAAAAGCUAUUAUUUUACUUCGAAUGCUCUCCAUAAGAUUCGUCAAGCUCCAGAUGUUAAGAUUUCUGAUCUUCGACAAAUUCUUGAAGAAGAAGUUGAAAUUGAUAAUGAUGAUAGUGGUAAACUUGUUGUGGUUAGAGGAAUUGUUGAAAUUCAAAGGAGUGAUGAUGGUUGGAGAAGUUUAAAACCCAAUGUGAUGGUUUCCAAUGAGGCUGGUCAAGGAGCACUUUCGUUGCAGAGUACUCAAACGGUUCCUGUUCUGCUUCGCGAUAUGGGUCGUUCAUCAAAAUCAGAUUACCUGUUUGUUAAUAUGGAUGGCUCAGAACAUCCUCUACCUCUUGUAACAGUUUAUCAUAAGCUACAACCGGUUCAGCCUUUCCCUUGCACAUUCCUCCAAGCAGUGUCUGGCCAUGUAUAUCCUGUUGGUCUGUUGGAUGAAGAAAAAGUUCUUUCUAUAGGAACACAGAUUAGUGCGGUUGGUGUUUGUCGCUUUAUAGAUGGGAUUCCACAAAUUAAAUCAUCUCAGGCCCUUCCCUAUUUCUUAACUGAGAUGUCCAAGGAUCAGCUGGUGGAGGAUAUGGCGUUUAAGACAACUUGUUUAUUGUGGGGUGGACUUCUUCUAGGAUCACUUUCAGUUGGCAUACUAGGCUAUGCUACCAUGAGGAAUUGGAGAAGAUGGAAAGACUGGAUGCAGCGAAGGAAAGUUGAGCGAUCUAGAGUAGCUGAUUCUGCAGAAGCAGCAGCUGCUGCUGCAAUAGCUACAGAGUUUGAGGCUGAUGAAGUAGCAGGAGACGUUGCGGACAAGGAAUUAUGCAUGAUAUGUCUAAGUAGGAGAAGGGAAAUUCUUUUUGGUUCUUGUGGGCAUAUAGUUUGCUGCCAAAUAUGCGCCUCGUUUGUCAAACAACAGUCUUCACCAAAGUGCCCUUUCUGUUGGCAGAAAAUCAGGUCCUCUGUUGUUAUUUAUGCUUCUUAGUGCCGCCAUAUGAUCUCUUUCAAGUGCUUUCUUGUCCCUAAAAUUGGGAGAAGAAAGUUCUGGUUUCAAAGUGAUCAUGUAUGCA